CGCCGGCCAAGCGACACAACGGGAGACGCCAUGAUCAAGAAAAUGUCCCCCUCGGAGAGCGACUUCGACAUCCCGGCCAAGAACUGCUACCGGAUGGUGAUUCUGGGCUCCACCAAAGUGGGCAAAACGGCCAUCGUGUCCCGCUUCCUCAGCGGGAGGUUCGACGAGCAGUACACGCCGACGAUAGAAGACUUCCACCGGAAACUGUACAGCAUCAAGGGGGACGUUUACCAGCUUGACAUCUUGGAUACGUCUGGCAACCAUCCGUUCCCGGCCAUGCGCAGGCUCUCCAUCCUGACAGGCGACGUGUUCAUCCUGGUCUUCAGCCUGGACAACAGAGACUCCUUCCACGAGGUCCAGCGCCUCAAGCGUCAAAUCUACGAGACCAAGUCGUGCCUGAAAAACAAAAUGAAGGAGAACCUCGACGUGCCCCUGGUCAUCUGCGGCAACAAGGGCGACCGCGAUUUCUACCGCGAGGUGCGGCGCGACGAGAUCGAGCAGCUGGUGGACGGCGACGACGACAAGUGCGCCUACUUCGAGAUCUCCGCCAAGCGCAACGAGAACGUGGACCGCAUGUUCCGGACGCUCUUCACCCUGGCCAAGCUGCCGCACGAGAUGAGCCCCGACCUGCACAGGAAGGUGUCGGUGCAGUACUGCGACAUGCUGCACAGAAAGUCGCUGAAGAACAAGAAGGUGAAGGACGUCCCGGAGGCCUACGGCAUGGUCACGCCGUACGCGCGGAGACCCAGCGUGCACAGCGACCUCAUGUACAUUAAGGAGAAAGCCGUCGGUGGAGGGCAGGCCAAAGAUAAAGAAAGGUGCGUUAUUAGUUAAGAGGAGUCGUUGUCAGAGGACAUUUUGGGGGGGAAAAAAAGAAAAAGCAAAAGCAACCAUGUUUUUUUUGUUUUUUUUUG